UACAAUUUUGCAUUUGAAGCUACAACCUUGCUUUAAAAAUUAAACUAUUUCGUUGAACAAUUUUAGCACAUCAUUAGAUCCUUUCAAACGUUAGUUAUUGUCAAACAACACUUGCGUAUUUAUUUAUUGUUGCUACAUCAUAAUAUCGUUAGUUUAGAUACCAGGUAAAAUGACUACUAAUGCAGGAAGACAAAAAUGGCGCAGUUUUACGGAUUCAAUUAAACGUCCAUUUGUUAGCGAGAUUACUCCGACAAGCUCUGAUAUUGGAAACAUGGCUGUUAUUGGUGAUUCAGAGAGCUUAAAAGGUUUAUUUAUAGAACAAGUUGUUAAAAAAGAACUGUUACCUCGUCGAAAUCUGAUUCCAGAAUAUAAUGCUUUCAUUGAACAAAAUGUAAACGAAAAAAUUACGGGACCCACAAAACCUCAAAUAAAAGUGUCGCAGUGUAUACAACGAGCGGCGGGAGAACUACUUUCAACUAAAAGAGUUUCACGCUUUAAAUCCUUUUUCCGAAAGCCUUCACUGGUUUCAAACAUUAUUUCAUUUAAGGUUUUUGAUAUUGAUGCUGGUUACAGAAAAAACGCGUCUAUAACUUACAAGGCAACGGUGACAAACGCAGACUUCAUCCUCUAUUUUGCGCAAGAAAAGAAAGGUUCACAAAAGGUGAAAAAAUGGAUCAAAGAAAUUGUAUAUCUGCGAAAAAGUAAUGAAAUUCCAAUUGUUGUUGUUUCAGAUAAAGGCACUUCCAUAAAAAAACAAUGCAAUAAACUUAAAAACGUGUACCUUUGUGAUUUUACGACAUUAAAAAUGUCAAUGAAAGAUUCUGAAGAAAGAAAUGAAUUGUUCUUAGAAAGACUGAACAGGGUUUUAUUCAACGCCAUGAAUGAAUAUCUCUUAAAAAAAACCGAAAAUGAUCGCUCCGACCUCAUUUUUUAUGGAGAGUAAAUAAUUUUCUAUUUACAAUUUGAUAUAAAAAAAUCUACGAAACAAUGUUUUUUCUUUUUUAUAAUUUAUUUCCAAGUUUAUGUACUUAUAUAACUUAAUUUAAAAUAAUCAUCUUUUUGCGUAAACGAAUGGUUUUUCUAUUACAUAAUAAACCGCUAAGCACUUGAGAUAGCAGAAUGACGUAUAUAUGAAAUUCUAUAGUGAGGGAAUAGUUUGUGUUUUUUAAAACUCAAAUGUAUUUGUAUGUAUUUAAAUGCGUUUGCAAUAUUAUUUUUAUGCUA